AUGGCGCCCCCACGAUUCUAUCCUCGAAGCCGCGUCCUCACCGUUCGCUUCCAUCCGCCCUCCAUCCUCCUCGCCGUCGACAUGGCCGGCGCGGUGGCGGCCGCCGCCGUCGCUUCCUCCUCCUCCAGCUGUGCCGCCUCUGGCCGCCGCCACCACCGCCAGGCCUGCUUCGUCGUUGUCCCCCCUCGGCCACCGCGCGCCUCCCCCGCCGCGCUGCUCUGGCGGCGCCCGCGGCGGGUGGCGCCCACCACGUUCUGCUCCGCGCCGUCUCUUGGCCGCGUCGGGUGGCCGCGCCGGGACCGGGACGGGGCCGCCAGCUGGCUGCUGUCGUUCCGCGCGGGCCCCGCCUCUUCCCCGUCGUCGUCGUCGUCCGCCGGCGACCCUUCCCAGGCUCUCUCGGCGCUGCUCCCGCUCGUCGUCGCGGCCACCGCCGUCGCGGCGCUCGGCAACCCGGCUACCUUCUCGUGGGUCUCCAAGGAGUACUACGCCCCCGCGCUUGGCGGCAUCAUGCUCUCCAUUGGCAUCAAGCUGUCCAUCGACGACUUCGCCUUGGCCUUCAAGAGGCCGGUGCCUCUGACGAUCGGCUACGUGGCGCAGUACAUUCUCAAGCCGGCGCUGGGCGUGCUGAUCGCGAGGGCCUUCGGGAUGCCGUCGGCGUUCUUUGCAGGCUUCGUGCUUACUUGCUGCGUCUCCGGUGCGCAGCUGUCGAGCUAUGCUAGCUUCCUGAGCAAAGGGGAUGUUGCAUUGAGUAUCCUGCUGACAAGCUGCUCGACGAUAUCUUCGGUGGUCGUGACACCAGUUCUCACUGGAUUGUUGAUUGGUUCUGUGGUUCCUGUUGAUGGGAUCGCCAUGGCGAAAUCCAUUUUGCAGGUGGUUCUUGUUCCCGUGACACUAGGCCUUCUUCUGAAUACUUACGCAAAAGCGGUUGUGAAUGUCAUUCAGCCAGUAAUGCCAUUUGUUGCUAUGGUGUGCACAUCGCUUUGCAUUGGAAGCCCUCUUGCUAUCAACAGGAGCAUGAUCCUAUCGUCAGAAGGAUUCCUGUUACUCCUCCCCAUAGUGACUUUCCACGUUGCUGCCUUCAUUGUGGGUUACUGGGUUUCCAAGUUGCCUAUGUUGAGGCAAGAAGAGCCCGUUUGCAGAACUAUUUCAGUAUGUACUGGCAUGCAGAGUUCCACCCUCGCUGGACUUCUUGCUUCACAAUUUCUUGGAAGUAGUCAGGCGGUUCCUGCAGCAUGCUCUGUUGUUAUCAUGGCCAUAUUUGGUUUGACUCUUGGAUCAUACUGGGGAAAUGGUUCGCGAAUCAGAGAUAUCGGUUCGAGAUUUUAUCCACAAGCUUCUGCAGGUGUGAGCUCAUGAUAAAGUUUUGAGAUUUGGCAUAAGAUUUGUUUUAUGGGCUUCCCUGGCAAGUUCCAAAACCCGCUGACCAUUGGAGUCUGGAGUUCACAGAAGACAUCCUGCCGUGCAAGCCUCCAUAGCUACAAGGGAGGAGCUACAGGCUGUGGUUUUUCAAGAUAUGCAGCAAUAAGAGUGACAUUACUACAAGAACCUACAUUCAUAAGAUGAGGAAUGCUGAGAUGGCGUAGGCGCGUAGCCAUCAAAUUAUACCUUGGUAUCAUACCAUAUACUGUAGAUUUCAGGUAGUGCCUCCUCAACUCCUUGUAGAAUGUAGAUAUUAGAUACUACACGCCCUCAGCAUUCUUAUACUUGUUUAAAAAAGAUUUUGUAUGUGGAAUAUCAUUGUUCGCCAUUCCUCUCAAGAUCAACCAGGAAGUACCUUUUUGUGGUGAUUUUUUUUUUUUUGCUCCAGUAUUUGUCCCAAUACAGUUCAAGU